UCAGGCUGGAGCAGGAGCGCAGGAACGGUGCAGCUCUGCGGCGUCUCUGCUCUUCUAGUGGAGAUGUUCAGCAUCACCCCGGCUCAGCCUGAGCAGCCUGAGCAGCCGCUCCUCUUCCUCGGGAUGAAGAGCCGGCAUCGGGUCUGAACUUCUCCAGCUUCUCCGGCUGCGGGACGAGCCGCUGCCGCUGCGACACUUCUCUGUUCUGCGGGGGUUUUGAUUUCACCUGAACCCAACAGGACUCCGUCCCACUUAUUACGUCUUCGGCUGCUGUUAUUGUUUUAUUUUAUGUUUUAUUUUUCUGUUAUUCUUGUUUGGUGUGGUGAUGAGUUUGCGGGCCAGAGGGAGAUUGUAGCGGAUCACUGGUCUGCGGUUUCCAUGCAGAGCUGCGGCUUUUCUGACAGAUCCGUUAUAUAAGAGGAGCCGUCAUGUACGCGGGACGCAAGAGGAGAAAACCCGUCCAGAGAGCGGUGAAGCAGCCGCCGCCUGAAGGGGCCAAGUCCAACCCGUCCAAACGGCACCGGGACCGCCUGAAUGGCGAGCUGGAGCGGCUGGCCAGCCUGCUGCCGUUUCCCACGGACGUCACCGCCAGUCUGGACAAACUGUCCAUCCUCCGCCUGAGCGUCAGCUACCUCCGAGCCAAGAACUUCUUCUCUGUUGCGCUCAACAAUCAAAACGGGGCAACUGGGGUCGGUGUGAGUGACGAUGACCUGAAAACAGCAGCGGCAGACAGCAAGAUCCCCGAGGGUGAACUCCUGCUACAGGCUCUCAACGGUUUUGUCCUGGUUAUCACUGCCAACGGGACCAUCUUUUACUCCUCCCACACCAUCCAGGACUACUUGGGCUUCCAUCAGACUGAUGUCGUCCACCAGAGUGUGUACGAACUGGUCCACACGGAGGACCAGCAGGAGCUCAGCAGAAACUUGCACUGGGCUUUGAAUCCGUCUCCGACCGAAGCGUCUGCCAUGUCCCAAGACUCCCCUCAAGACGCGGAACCUGACAGCAGCUCAUCGUUCGUUACGUACUGUCCCGAGCAGCUUCCUCCCGAGAACUCGUCCUUCCUGGAGAGGAGCUUCGUGUGCCGGUUCCGCUGCCUCCUGGACAACUCCUCCGGCUUCCUGGCGUUAAACAUCCAGGGCCGGCUCAAGUUUCUGCACGGACAGAACCAGCGGCAAGAAAACGGCGGGAAAGCCCCCCCGCAGCUCGCCCUUUUCGCCAUCGCUACGCCCCUCCAGCCGCCAUCCAUCCUGGAGAUCAGGACCAAGAACAUGAUCUUCAGGACCAAGCACAAGCUCGACUUCACGCCCAUGGCCUGCGACGCAAAAGGGAAGAUCGUUCUGGGUUACACUGAGGCCGAGCUCAGGGUACGAGGAUCAGGAUAUCAGUUCAUUCAUGCAGCAGAUAUGUUGUACUGUGCAGAGAACCAUGUUAGAAUGAUGAAGACCGGCGAGAGCGGGCUGACCGUCUUCAGGCUCCUCACCAAGGACAAUCGCUGGAAGUGGGUCCAGGCCAACGCCCGGCUGGUGUACAAGAGUGGCAAACCAGAUUACAUUAUCGCCACCCAGAGACCUCUGCUGGAUGAAGAAGGAGGAGAACACCUGCGUAAGCGCUCCUUGCAUCUGCCCUUCACCUACGCCACAGGCGAGGCCUUGCUCUACCAGUCCAACCAUCCCAUUGCAGGCUUUAAAGAUGGAAGCCAGGAGAAAAACGCCAAGUCAAAGAGGAGUCGCACUGAGGGCCUGGUGGCGGACGGCCUGGAUCCACACUCUCUGCUGGGGGCACUCAUGAGUCAGGAUGAAUCGGUGUAUGUCUGCCAGCCAGCCGUGGAACCCAAAAUGUCCUUCCACAGUAGCUUCUUCGGCGAGCCGAUGGACUUCUCUGGCUCUGAACCUCCCAGGCACUGCAGGAGUUGGACUGAGCCGUCUCACAGCGUGGCAGGUCCAGGCAUUGCACAGCCGGGGACCAGCUUUGACCCGCUGUUGGCUACUCUGGACUCGCUCUCCCUGGAGGGACAGGCAGAUGUCGCUGCGGCAGAAGCGGGCUGUUCCAACGGCGAGCUGUUCGGAGCACUGGAAGGGCUGGGGCUGAGCGCCGAAGACCUGGAGCUGCUGCUGCUUGAUGAGCGGAUGAUCCGAGUGGAGAUGGACCCCGAACGCAUACCCACUCUGGACGACCUGCUGACCAAUGACGAGAUCCUCUCAUAUAUUUACGACUCCAUAGAAGGAAAAGUGGAUCCUGCAGGGCCGGGAGGGCAGGUCUCUGCUCGCACCGCAGAGGUGACCUCCACCACGUCCUCGCCACCUGAUAGUAACUUCACAGCUGAUGCUAAUGCCCAGAGACAGCUUCCUCUCUGCAACCCUGCUCUCGUUGGGCAGGGUCCCAUCGUGCAUCUGUCCCAGCAGAUGCAGCAGCACCUCAACAUGCGAUCAGGUAAAGCGGUGCAGGACUGGGGCCAGCAAAAUGACCGCAACACAAUAGCUGACGGAGAGCUGCUUGGGCAAAAUCUGCCCAUCCCCAGUGGACAGUGGGCAGCUCAAGACGUUUUAACCAGUGAAGGGAUACAGUUGGGACACUUGAAUACCCAACAGGUGGUUUUCAGCCACUCAGAGUUGAACGGCGAGCUUCACCAGCCGCCCAUGCAUCUCCAACACCUGCAGCAUCAGCAGAAGCAGCAGCUUUCUCAGCAGCACCACGCCAGACAGAACGGACUGUGCGGCGUCGCUAACUCGGAGCACUCUGCAGGGAAAUCACAGUGGAAGGGUUUUGGAUUCAGCGACAGUCUGGACUGUCUCAGCAACAGCCAAAAACCCAUCAUAAACACGUCUGUGGAGUCCUGCACGGGUUACGGCAUGCCCGGUAUUCACAGUUUGGAUUACGCCGUGGGUAUCCAGGAGAUGGAGCACAAGCAGCAGGAGCAGAUCCCAACCCCCUUCGCUCAGGUCAUGUCCAGCCUGGCGCAGUGCCCUCCCCCCGACUCCGCCCUGGAGCAGAUCCUUGGAGUCAGCAAGCCCUGCCAGCAGCUGGACCAGUACCAGCCGGGUCACAUCAAGGCGGAGAACGACUGCAUCCUGGACUCUCCUUACCCCGGCGGUGGCGGCCUGCCCAACGGGAACGGGCCGACGCCGCCCUCCGUCCAGACGCCGGGCUCCGAGACGUUACCCGGCCUCUCCAACCCGCCGGCCACCAGCUUCUACCUCUGACCACGUGAGCAACGGCAGUCGUGCAGCAGGACACUGUGAAGAGCUGAGACCCGGCACGACUGGAGCAGCCUUAUACACAUGUAGCCCCAACCAACACAGCUGUGGACCCAAGUGGUUUUUGUCAGUCGCUUUUUCUUUUUUUGGGUAUUUCACCGGGACUCGGGGAGGUUCUUUUGUUGUACAGUAUUAUCAUAUGAGUUCAUUGUUUACAAAGAUGCAGUGAAGAGUGGUCGUUUAUUUAAGUUAUGCAGAGACAUAAAUGUGAGUCACAUGAAGGCGAGUUUUAUAAUUCUCCUUUCAGAUUUAUUUCAAAAUAUAAUUUAGAGACUAAUGUAACGUUGGGACACUUUCGGGGGGUUGGGUCGGUAUUUAAAUAUUACACGUCUAUUAUCGUUUUAUAGUUUUGUUUUAUUUCAAACGCCCUGAGAAAGUACAGAAAACACGAAUGGGUCCAUCUGGAAAGCAACUCCCUGCGUUUCGGGCUGACGGAAGCAGAUUCUGCUUUUAUCGCGAGACCCGGUGCGACUCUCACAGGGAGGUUGUCCUUCCUGACCACCAUUUUUUUUUUGUUUUUUUAGGAGGGGGGGUAGGAAAAAAGAUAUUUAUAACAUUUAGUACGUGUUUAAGGAAAGUCUGGCAAAUGUAUGUACGUUGUAGCAACACCGAGCAGGGAACACAAAUUGGUGCUAAGAAAAAGAAGUACGACUCACUUUGGGUUACCAUGGUGACCUACUUUUCCAUGAUUCCACAUAAAUGAAAAAGAGAUGUCCAGUUAUAUUUGUAAAAUAACACAAAUCAAACGAUAUACCGUAUUGGCCCGAAUAUAAGACGGUGUUUUUUGCAUUGAAAUAAGACUGAAAAAGUGGGGGUCGUCUUACAUUCGGGGUCUAGACGUUAUACCCAUUCACAACGCUAGAUGGCGCCAGAUAUCUUUAAAGCGAAUGCUGAACUUAAUUCCCCAGGCCAAAGCGAACCCCUGUCACGGAGAAGAAAAAUAAAAAUAACAGUAAGAAAGAAAAGAGAAGAAAAUAACAUAAGAGAUAACAGAAAAUGGAGAAACAUAGCGACAAUCUGGAGAAAAGUGGGUCGAAGAAGUUUUGAUGCAAACUUCAAGAUCAUGAUUUGAAUGAGGCAAAAUAACAUGCUUUUUCUCUCAAAUAUAUUGUUAUAAUCAUUUGUGUCAGAUCUACUGUAAUUAUUUUCUGUAUGAAAAUUUAAUUUGGUGUUAAAAAGUAUUUUUUCAAAUUUGAGUCUUGAAAAAGAGGGGGUCGUCCUACAAUCAGGGUCGUCUUAUAUUCGGGUCAAUACGGUAAUUAUUGAUCAGAGUCCCUGUAAUCAAAGGCGGCGUCACGUAUGAAAGCCUUAACUCCUGCAACAGAGAGCUGAGCUGAUCCAGAUGAUCCAAGAUGCCCGGAAGGUUUACAACCUACCGGAGGAUCCCAACUGUAUUUACGACUGGUAUCCUUUCAAGGUUUUACAAACCCAUGCAGUGUUUUAUAAAUCAACUGAGACCUCAGAACCAAAGGCAUAUGAUCCAGUUUCUGGUCUCAGCGAGGACUUCUGACUCGGGUGCAGCUGUGAGAUCUAUCUUUUAUAAAAACUGUCACAGCAGUCAAGUUUACUCAAGAUGAAUGCAUGAAACAGUUUUUUUUAAUUCACUCCCGAGACCACAACAACACCCAGACUUCUGGCUCGAUCGCUGCACACCAGCACUUACAGUGUAAGGUAAAUCGGUUGCGGAGUUGCACAGGAAACUUUAUAUAGUUUUAAUUUCCCCUUUGGCCAGAUUUACUUUGAACAGGUUACACUUUAAUCUUCCCAUGUGACAUGAAUGGGAUGUAACCGGUGGAUGUGUGAGCAGGAACAAAGAAGGUGGACAUUAGCAUAUUUCCAUCAGCUUCAGGUCUCAGUAAAUCUGAGAUGAAUUGGACACGUACAUUAUCACAUGCACACAGGUCCAAACCAUCCAUCCAUUUCUAAAUCUCAUCCCUUCCGACGUCCAGGAAUGUGUUUGAAAUUAGCGGCUCGGCUCAUCUGGUCUUCUUCUUUUCAUCUGUAACUCUUUCACCUGUGUUCCCUGAAAAUAGCGCCGGUUUUUCCUCCCGUUCUGUUCAAACCCUUCAGAGUCGGUAGCAGUAAACCGGAAUUGAGCAUCAAGCGCCAGAUAAAUGCAGAAUUAAUGUAACAUGGGCCCCAGCAUAACCAAAUCAACACAUUUCCACUCGGUAAACCUGACUACUAGUGAAUAAAAGCUGAAGUCCCAGACGCAACAGUGCAGAGAGCGUUAGCUCGACAAAGACGAGCUAAGACACAUUUAUCCCACUGCCAGCUUUACCUGCAUUGAUUUGUCAUUUCCAGAACAGUAGCUGGUUUCUGAGUAGAGGUGGGUAUUUUGGGGAUAUUUUUGAGUCAUUAGCAUAUGUUGAAAUACCUAUAACGGACCAGCACGGCCUAAGGCAUCAUUUCCAACCAACUAAGAACUGGUCAAUAAUUUAUAAACCCCAUACUUUUAUUGUUAUUUAACGGUAACGUCUUUGUUGAUAUGAGCAGAGCUCGCAGUCCAGGAGCUGGAACGGACUGCACUGCAGAUGCCGAGUAGCUGCUUUGCUAAACCCAUCUUAGUAUUUUUAUGCUAUUUUCAGCAUUUAGAUUUCGAUUGGUGGCGUUAAACCACACCUCAGAGUUCAAAACUGGAGCGCAAAAUGAAAAACCUUUAUCCCUAGAGCUCAUUUACUGUUUCGUUGAUAUGGACUGCUUUAGCAUCCGUUUGUAAUACCCAGCCAUAAUUCUCACUAGUCUGAAUUUUGCCCUUUUUUAAUGUCAGCUAUAGAAAAAAGAGAAAGAGAAGCGUCCUUGUGUUGUCGGUUAAAACACAACAGGAAACUGUCGUUCAGCCCUCUUAAACUAUAAUUUAAAUGUUAAAAUUAAAUAUAGACAGAAAACCGUUCACCGGUUCACAGACAAAGUACCAUCUUUGCCCUUUCAGAUGAAAAAGGAAGCGGGAAGCGGUACCAGGCCCGUCAGCAUGCAGUGACUGGGUUUCUUCGUGUUGAGAUGGUUCUGCGCUUUUUAUUACGGGCAAAAUAGUUGUUCUAAAACGCACAUCAAGAAUGUAAACCUUCAGGUCCUCAGUGAUUUUGUUGUUGAGCAGUUUUCAACAACGAGAUACAUCUGUAAACAUUUGGAAUACAGAAGUCACGGUUGGAAAUGUCCUGCACUUUAACUCCGGGAAAACCCCCUAAAUGCAGAUGCGUUGUGAAAACAGCCGACCCCGAUUGAUGCUUUGGUUCCUACUCGAAGCUUUAGAAGCAAAGACUCACCUUAUCUUUACAAUUACUGUCUUCAUUUUCAGCUGUCCUGUCUCCGUGGGGGUUUAUUUCUUGUGGUUGUUGAUCAUCUCGAACCUCCGGAUGAUUUUCUUUCCCAUUUUUUGAAUUUUCGUCUGAAUUUUUGUGGUUUAACCGACACGACUGCUCAUUCUCAAGCAGCAAGCACUCGGUCGUUGAUGAAGUGCAGGAAAAGAGAGGAAAAAUGUUAGUUCUUUUGCAAAUAUGAACUCAGUUCAAGUCUGAAAUCUUGUGAAAUCCCCCUCGGGGGUCAGUCGGUGCGGGCGGACACCCACAUAAACACACUCUGGAUGCACAAAUAUCCCAGAGUUGCCAUCUGAAGUCAUAACAUCCCCGCCUACACCAGUUUAAACUUCACAUCAGCCCAUUAACGUGCAGUACACUUAGUUGUAGAAUGACAAAACCGAGAAACCAAAUGUUGGAGAGAUCCCUGCUGGAUGGACGCAGCGAUGAAUGUCUCUUGUGAGUAGUAGAACGAGGGAUGCUGAGCAGGUUUAUCCACCAAGAAAUGAUGCUGGAAAGAGAUUUCAUUGUUCAGAUUUAUGUCAUUAUUGGUGUUAAUGUUCCUGUUUUCGUUGAGAUGUGAUACACACAUGGAUGUUACACGUUUCUUUUUUUCUACUGCAGAAAUGUUUGACUGCUGUGACUCACGGAGCAACGUGAGAAAAAUAUUUGUAUAUAAAAGCAAAUCCAGGUAUGUACAUAGUUUUCCAUGGAGCGUCUCGUUUAAAGCACGGUUUAUAAAACACACAAAGGUCCUGUAACGACUGAUUUCUUUGUUCUUUGUUUGUUCUUUGUUUUUUAAUUGUAAAUAGUAAAUGCUCUCACCACAAAACACUGGACUCUGACAGCCUGAAAACGGUGCCAUACUGCUGAGACUCGUUAAGUACUGUAGUUUGGGAUGUUGCAGAGUUUUUGUUGACAUGACGGAGCGUGAGGAGGAGUACCGCAGACCCGACUCGUGACUGCUCUUGUCAGAUGUAUGUUUAUUUUCUCCUUUUUGAAAUAAAGGAUUUCUGCAGUCAGAAA